AUGGAUCCAUCAAAAUUAUUAGCUCUGCUAAAACAGCAAAAAGCAAUAUAUGACGAUGUUAAGAAUAUCGAUAAGAAUAGCAGCAAACGUGAGUUGCGUGCGAAUACAAUAAAAGAACGUUUAGAUAAACUACAAGGAUUAUGGAAUCAAUUUAAAGAUAAUCACGAGAAAAUACUCUUAACGGAGAAUAAGGAAGACAAAUAUUUUAAAGAGGACUUUUACACUACAGUGCAUCAAAAAGUGAUUCAGGUGAAAACAAUGCUCGAAGAAAUAGUUGAAAGCAAAGAUAGAAAUGCAGAAUCUGUUGAAAGCAAAAGUGUAGACGAGAAAAUAACGGAAAGUCAAAUUGAGAAAAAUAAAAUCAACAAUCUAGUAGAGCAAUAUAACAAUAACAUCGCAAGGUUAAGACAGAUGUUAGAAAAUCUUGACCAUUAUGAUACUGUCACGCGAUUGGAACAACUUAAUGGAAUCUGGAAAAGAAAGUUCGAAGACAUUAGAAGUAUCUAUAAGAAGCUGGUUAUUGAAAUGUCGUACAAUGAAGUAAACAUUAUGAAUGAUUAUGAUGAGAUUGAAGACCAAUACGAUAAGGCGUUAGAUGAAUUAGCCAAUAAAAUGGAAAAAUUACGUGAGGGGAACAACGUUAAGCUUGACUGCAUUAGAAUCCCAAAUUUCAACGGUAAUAUUGAAGAAUGGUCGUCUUUUCAUGAUCUAUAUAAAAGGCUUAUCCAUGAGGAUGGAAAAAUUUCGAAUGUUGAGAAAAUGUAUCGACUCAAAACAUUAGUAAAAGGAGAAGCAAGCAAGCUGAUACAACAUCUACCGGUGUCGGAAUUGAAUUAUGCUGUAGCUUGGGAGAUUUUGUCGCAAAGGUACGAAAAUGAAAGAAUGUUGUUUACAAUAUUGGUCGAUAAAUUGCUCGAUCAACCAUCUGUAUAUAAUGAUUCAGCGUCAAGUUUGAAAAAGUUGCUUGACACAUCGAUAGAAUGUAUCCAGGGGCUGAAGGCAAUGGGUAUAAAAACGAAUGAAGCAGAUCCAAUAAUAGCAAGGAUUAUAAUCAGGAAGUUGGAUAAGGAAGGAUUACGGCUAUAUGAGCAAAAUAUAAAAAGGACAAAGGAGAUUCAAAAAAUGGACGAUGUAUUACAGUUUCUGGAGCAGCAAUACCAAGCAGUAGAGGCGAUUAAAUCUAAGAAACAAACUAAUAAUGUAAAGUCUUUUCAAAAAACAACAGCGACAACUAUAGUAGCAAAUGAUUACCAGUGCUUUUACUGCAACAAAAAAGGACAUAUGGCAAUAAAGUGUUAUGAGUUUCUAAAGCUACAAGUCAAGGACAAAAAUACAUGGGUAAAAGACGCUAAAAUUUGUCGCGUCUGUUUAUCGCAUAAAACUACAAAAAGAUGCAAUAGUAAGACAAAAUGUCAAGAUUGUGGGAAGUGGCAUAAUACUCUUUUGCACAUUAAUUCAGGGCAAAAUAAUAACACAUCAACAUUAACAAUGAAUACGGGCACAGCAGAAAAUGUGUUACUUCCAACGGCGCAAGUGCGCGUAAAAAGUGUUCAAGGUGAGAUGAUUAUGUUAAGGGUUCUAAUUGACCAAGGGUCGCAAACUACAGCUGUAUCAGAAGAAGCGGCACAAAUAUUAAAUUUGCCAAGGAAAAAAGUAAAAAUGGAGGUGCAAGGGCUUGGAGGAACAUCGGUUGGCGUUGCAAAGGCAAAAAUAAAUCUUCAAAUUCACCCACGAUUCACCAGUAAAUAUAAAAUAAAUGCAGAAGCAUUGAUUUUACCAUCAUUGGUAUCUUGUCAACCGGAUAAAACCUUUAGCUAUAAUAUAGAUAAGUGGGAAAAUAUGACCUUGGCGGACCCAAAUUUUAAUAAAUCCGAUAGAAUUGACAUAAUCAUAGGAAGCGAUCUUUACGGAGAAAUUCUUGAAGGCGGUCUACUUAAAAAAGAUAAAAUAUUGGCGCAAUCAACAAAGUUCGGCUGGAUAUUAUCAGGUAUUUUACAAGCAAAAAGAAGCAUUAAAGGAUUCAUCUCUUCCAACGUCGUCAACAUAGAAAAGUUUUGGGAAAUAGAAGAAAUUCCAGAGGAUGAAGAUUCAUCGGAAGACGGAUAUUGUAUGAAAAAUUAUGCUGCGACAACUACCAAAAAUGAAGAUGGACGAUUUAUAGUUGAGUUACCUUUCAAAGAAGAACACCAACUUGGCGACUCAUACAAAAUGGCGAUGGCACGAUUCAUAAAUUUGGAAAGAAAAUUACAGGCAAACCCAUCAUUAAAGAGAGAAUAUGUCGAAUUCAUGAAAGAGUAUCUAGCUGAUGGGCAUAUGAAAAAAAAAUACCAAGAUAUUUUGUGGACAAGCGAGAUUAAUCAGCCAAUUAAAGAAUACAAGUUAACAACUGUAACUUACGGUAUUGCCCCUGCUUCAUUUUUAGCUAUAAGAACGUUAUUUGAAAUAGCAAAUGAAUGUCAGGAUAAUCAGAUAUCGAAAAUAAUUAAAGACGAUUUUUAUAUGGACGAUCUUCUAACUGGCGGUGAUACAAAAGAAGAGUGCAAAAGUGUUCGGCUAAGGAUAUCGGCACAUUUGGAGAAGUAUGGAUUUCAUUUGAGAAAAUGGUGCUCUAACAGCAUGGAUAUAAUAGAAACGGUGGAAAAAUCAAAAGACAAUGAGGUCAUUGAUAUAGAUAAAGAAGAAAGUAUAAAAACGCUUGGCUUGCAAUGGAAUCCUAACAAUGAUAUAUUCAUGUUUAAGAUAGCAGAAAGUAGAGACGUCUAUAUAACAAAAAGAAUGGCAUUAUCGUAUCUAGGUAAAAUAUUUGAUCCAUUAGGACUAUUGGCUCCAGUUACAGUAUUGGUUAAGUUAUUUGUGCAGAAGCUCUGGAUAAGUAAUUUAGAUUGGGAUAUGAAAUUAAAUGAAGAAAUGAUGAAAGAAUGGAAAAACAUUGUGCAGAACUUAGACGCAAUACAAACAAUCAGAAUUGAGAGAUGGGUAGGAGUUACCGGAAAUGAUGAAAUAUGCCUGGUGGGGUUCGCUGACGCAUCGGAAAAGGCCUACGCAGCAAUAGUGUACAUAAAAACGCACGCAAAGGUGUCCAUAAUAGCAGCAAAAAGUAGGAAAGAUAAAAAUGUAUGCAUGGAGUGA